CGUCAGUUCAAAAUAUGUACAUUAUACAUUCUGAUUUUUAGGAAUUAUUAUAAAGAAAAAUAAAGCUUAAUAGAUAUCAAUAAUUUCUCAGUUUUCCUAAUUACUACACAAUGUCAUUGAACGAGCAUGGGUUCUGGCUUUAGCGCGCAUAAAGGUAAAAAAACUGCACAGAGAGAGGCAACAGAGUGUUGUCAAAAUAACAAUGUAGAUAUAAAAGAGAGUACUGCAAAUAAAAACGAAAACAUGAGCGAGAAUGAAAAUAUUGAAUCAAUAACUGAACAUAUUACGGUAAAUCAAUUAAAUUGUGAAGAAACAAAAAAUAUCGAAGACAAUGACUUUUUGGUUAAUGCAGCAAAUGUUCUGGAUGAAGUUCUACCCUUUUUCGCACCAAUUGAAGAACCAGAAAUAUGGGGUACUAAAGAAGGCCGAAUUAAAUCCAAGAAAAUAGCAUUUCUAUCAAUAAAUUCUAACAACAAGAAACUCACUCGGAAGAAAAGACAAGUAGUAUCACAAUUAUUUAGUAAAAAAAAUGUUCCUGAAUUUGUUAAAAGUCAUUUCGAAUAUGCAGUUCUUAACAUGACUGAUCUUUUUAAAAAAGAUGAAAAAAUAUUAAAAGAUGAAUUUAAAUCACAACAAGAAGAAGCUAGUAAAGGAGAAGGAGGGAAAACUAAUAAAGACGAGGAAGAAAAAAACACUGUAGUAAAUGUAACUUUGAAUGUGCAAAAUAUUUUGGGAAACUUUCUAAUGAUGAUUAUCAAUUGUUCUGAUGUGGAUGUGGAUUUUUGUUUUCAGUGCUGUAGUAUUGGUAUGGUGAAAAUCUUGAUUGACUCACUGACCUUGUACAUGCCAAUUAUAAGUGAGGAAGACAAAAAGGAUUUGACGGCCAUGAACAUCAGAGAAAAUGGACGAACAAGAAUUUUGAGUUUCAUCUUCAGUUGCCUUCACAACAUUGGAAAAUAUCCUGCUAGUAGAAAAUAUUUUGAGUAUUGUGACUGUAUUGGAAAUCUGGUACCAUUUCUUACAGCUAUGACACAAAUAUUUUCAAUGAAAGCAUUAUUAAUACUCUCUUAUUUGAUCGAUGAAGAAAACAAUCACGUGAUCAUGACAAACAAAGACCCUAUCAAGUUGAUUAUCAGCUACCUGCGGAGUGCUAUUAAAUCAAAAAACCAUCGUUACCUGGGAUUUAGUUUGAGUGAAUUGAUCAAUGGGUUACGACUGAUUGCUCAAAAUGAUGUCAACAAACAGAUUAUUGGUGAAAAUGGAGGUAUUGAUGUCAUUGCAUUAGCUUUAGAAUUUCGUCCAAAUGACAAAGAGGAAGAAGAAAAGGAAGUACUAGAAUCCUGCAAAGCAUUAUGGAUCCUAUCAUUUCAUGACAACAACCGAAAAUUGAUUUGUGAAAAUAAUGUCAUAAUGAAUCAUUUGCAGAAAAUUAAAGGCAGUAAUAAUAAAAGUCUUGGAAAAGCUGCUGCUGGAGCACUGUGGGAGUUAGAAGAGAAAUACGAAAGAGAAGAUGUCGAGAAGAGUAAAACAAAAGGUCAUAUCAUGAUUAGUUAUCAAUGGACAUACCAAAAAACCAUGUUGCAAGUAAGAGAUCAGCUGCAAAGCAACGGCUACAAAGUUUGGAUGGAUGUUGAUCAGAUGGGUGGAUCUACCUUGGAAGCUAUGGCAAAAGCCGUGGAAGGUGCUUGUCUUGUAGUAAUAACAGUGUCUAGAGCAUACAAAGAAAGUGCAAACUGCAGAUCAGAGGCUGAGUAUGCGUUCCAGCUACAGCGUCCCAUAAUACCGCUAAUGAUGGAAAACAAUUACGUUGCUGACGGUUGGUUAGGUUUUAUCGUUGGUGCAAAGUUUUGGAUAGAUUUUAAAAGGGAAGAAAAUAUGGGAGAUUCGUUAGAAGCGCUUCUUCGUGAAAUAGAGGCACAAAUCAAUAAAGACGUAGUAAAAGACAAACAAAUCAGCGUUGUGGAGUCUUCGCUUCCUCUACAACAACAGCAGCCAUUAACUUCGGUUGUUAAGUCUUGGUCGUCAAAAGAAGUAAACGAAUGGCUAAAAAACAUAAAACUUGAUCACUUAUUACACGCGACCGUUAAAAAUGACUUGGAUGGAUCCGUUUUGGUUCAUCUUCACAACCUGAGAAAGGAGAGUCCUGACACCUUUUUCCGCAUGCUGAAAGAAGAUUUAGGAUUAAAGAAAUUAAAGAAUCUGUUUACAUUUGCAGAUGGUUUGCAAGAGCUGUUAGCCAAAGCAGCAAAAACAAUUUAACUACAACUUUCAAAAGUGAUCAACGGCUUCCAGUGCUAAAACAUAUCAGGUGUUGAAACUACCAUUUGCAAAUUGUUAUCCUCGCCAGCGAAAUUUUUUUUAGAAAUAUUACACAAAUGUGAACGACCAAUUCACUUUUUAAUAGA